CUCAGCUUCUGUGUCAUCAAGUGGUCAGACUACACAAAAAAGUCUCAAUAGCUCAUGGUCUGGAAUCAAGAGUUAUGCAUCUGGACUGUCUACUGAAAGAAGCUCUGUUUACUCUUGGAGAGAUGAUGAGUUUGACAGGGUUAACACCCAAAACGUCCACCAGCUAUUCUGGGAUGUUGAUGAGAUGUUGUUUGAAGGCAAGGUGAGUUCCAGAACACAAGGACUACAGACGGAAUGUAAACAGUGGACCAAGCGUUCACCCCAUCUCAGGAUUUUGGGAAGUCAGUUAGUAUUGCCCAGAGAUGAAGGAUUUCAGCACAUUCAGAAGAGAACAUCCAGUUCUAAAAUAAUUCCAUCGCCAAGCUUCCUGGACAGCACAAGUGACAUGAAAGAGCUGUGCCUUUUGGGUCAGAAGCUGGUUGCAACACUGUCCCCAGUGCACAGUGCAUUUGGCUCCAGUGAGACUUCAUGUUCAGACCCUUCCCUCUACUCCUUCCUAGAGGAAGAAGUUUAUGAAGUGGAUGGGAAAAUAGAGGAGUACUUUGCUUAUGAUACUAAAGAAAUGUAA